CCUGGGGCUCUGGCGGUCGGGCCGGACCUCUCCUUCCGGCGGGCUGGGGGGACACACCUGCUCUCCGGAGGCGCCAUGAGAUCCCCGGUCCACAGCCUGCCCCGUCACGACGGCGAUGAGGGCACGGACAGCACGCCCCUUUUGCCAGGCUCCCCGCGGGCCGAAGCCGCUCCGGGCUGCUGCUCUGCUCGUUACAACCUGGCAGUCUUGGCCUGUUUGGGUUUCUUCAUUGUCUACGCAUUACGUGUGAACCUGAGUGUCGCCUUAGUGGAUAUGAUACAAUCAAAUACAACUUCAGAGGACAACAGCACUUCCCAUGAAUGUCCAGAGCAUUCUGUUCCCAAAAAAGUUCAUAAUCCAAAGGGUAAACAGUACCAGUGGGAUGCAGAAACCCAAGGAUGGAUUCUGGGUUCUUUUUUUUAUGGCUACAUCAUCACACAGAUCCCUGGAGGAUAUGUUGCCAGAAAAGUGGGGGGGAAACUGCUAUUAGGAUUCGGAGUCCUUGGCACUGCGGUCUUCACUCUGUUCACCCCCCUCGCUGCAGACUUGGGAGUUGGGUAUCUCAUUGCAGUCCGAACCCUUGAAGGACUAGGAGAGGGUGUUACAUUUCCAGCCAUGCAUGCCAUGUGGUCUUCUUGGGCUCCCCCUCUGGAGAGAAGCAAGCUUCUGAGCAUUUCCUAUGCAGGAGCACAGCUUGGAACAGUAAUUUCUCUUCCUCUUUCUGGAAUGAUAUGUUUCUAUAUGGAUUGGGCCUAUGUCUUCUACAUUUCUGGCAUAGUUGGGAUAUUCUGGUUUGUUUUAUGGAUCUGGUUAGUUAGUGACGCACCGGAAACUCACAGGACAAUUUCCCACUCUGAAAAAGAAUACAUUCUGUCCUCAUUAAGAAAUCAGCUCUCUUCCCAGAAGUCGGUGCCCUGGAUCCCCAUGCUCAGGUCUCUGCCGCUGUGUGCCAUCGUAGUAGCACAUUUUUCCUACAACUGGACUUUUUACACGCUGCUGACACUGCUGCCUACGUACAUGAAGGAGAUCCUGAGGUUUAAUGUUCAGGAGAAUGGGUUUUUAUCUGCAGUGCCUUAUUUUGGCUGUUGGUUAUGUAUAAUCCUGUCUGGUCAAGUUGCGGACAACUUAAGGGCAAAAUGGCAUUUUUCAACUCUGUGUGUUCGCAGACUUUUUAGCCUGGUGGGGAUGAUUGGACCUGCCAUAUUCCUGGUAGCUGCUGGCUUUAUUGGCUGUGAUUAUUCAUUGGCUGUUGUGUUCCUAACUAUAUCAACAAGCCUGGGAGGCUUUGCCUCGUCUGGAUUCAGCAUCAACCAUCUGGAUAUCGCUCCUUCGUAUGCGGGUAUUCUCCUGGGCAUCACGAAUACAUUUGCCACCAUUCCAGGGAUGGUGUGUCCUGUCAUUGCGAAGAGUCUGACUCCGAACAACACUAUUGGAGAAUGGCAAACCGUGUUCUGUAUCGCUGCUGCUAUUAACGUAUUUGGUGCGAUCUUCUUUACACUGUUUGGCAAAGGUGAAGUGCAGACCUGGGCUCUCGAUGACUACCACGGACACAGACACUGAAGGAACCAGAAAAUAGUGCUCUCUCUAUCGGUACACUUUCAUUUAAUCAUGUAACCUGAAAGUGCCUUUGAUGAUCUAAAUAUGUAAGUAUCCUAUAUGAUACCAAGACAAAAAGUCCUUGUAAUCAGCUUUUAAGGAUUAUAAUCAUGAAAUGUCGCUUGUUGCCAGUGUUGUAAAAUUAACAUUUUAAUGAUCAUUAAUGUAUAUGGAAGGACCUGUACUGUGGGUUGACUGCAGGUCCAGCAGCACACAGUAGAAAUUCUAUUUAUUUCUAAGGGCCAUGUUAAGGAAGUUGCUGAAAGGCUCCCCCAUGCCAUUGCUGAUUGAAACUACAGAAUAAUUCUCAGGUCUUGCUAAAUACCUGUUUCUGUCCUGCCUCCCUCAAAAAACCAUUUGUCACUAGCUCUCUGCAGCACAUGUGUGAAAUGUUAACAUCUCUGCUGCAUAAUCCAGCCUGGCAGCUGGACUGAGGGAAGCAUGCCCAGCAGCUGCCCGGCGUUCCCGCCCCGACUUCAGGGACCCAGUGCCCAGCAUUCACCCAAAGCAGCCGCCAAGCCCAGGGGCAGUGCCUGUCUAUGGAUGGCGUUCCUGCCCAUGGGCUGUUACCCAGUGGGUGAGGCUGUGUGUAGACAGCAGCUGGGCCUCCACGGCCAGGGUCCACUCUGCCCCCUCAAGCCUUCCCAGGGCAGGGAACUGCUGGUGGACUUCUAACCUUCCAAAGAUAAGUGGUGUCCAGUGAAUCACAAGUAGUGCUCCCCUUCACUUAAACGAGCUUCACGGGGACCCACGUAUAAACUUGAGUGAGACCUGUGCUGGUUGAGCCGCAGCAGCUCACUCUGCCCUCAGUCGGCCUUCAGGUGAGCUUGGGUCUAAGUGGUUUUUAAAGGCUGCGGGGACACAGCCAUCUUUACGUCUGGUCGCUUCAAUCACCUUUCCCAGUGUUUUUCCAGGACCAUGCUCUGAAUGAAGGCAUUCGUGUGAUUUACAACUUAGCUUAUGUUUUUUUAACACUACCUGGAAACACCUUGACUGAGAAAACUGUUGAUUAUAAUAUGCUGUGAAUACAAGUAUGUAAAUUUAUUUUUGAAUUUUUAAAUUGCUUUUAAUUGCUAUUGUGAUGCUGCUUUUAUAAAUCAUCCAAUAAACCUUUUUGAAUUGA